AUGGCUGACGUGCUUUCUCAAAAACUCAAAACCAUCCCAAGCACCAACAAGAAGGAUCCCUCUAAUCUGUUAUUGGGUCGAUUCGAAAUCGGUAAGCUUCUAGGCCAUGGAACAUUCGCCAAGGUUUACUACGCCAAGAAUCUCAAAACCGGUGAAGGCGUAGCUAUAAAAGUGAUCGACAAGGAGAAAAUUCUGAAAGGUGGUUUGGUCGCACACAUUAAACGCGAGAUCUCGAUUCUUCGCCGCGUUCGUCAUCCUAACAUCGUCCAACUGUUUGAGGUAAUGGCUACGAAAACAAAGAUUUAUUUUGUGAUGGAGUAUGUUCGUGGAGGCGAGCUUUUUAAUAAGGUUGCGAAGGGGAGGUUGAAAGAAGAGGUGGCUAGAAAGUAUUUUCAGCAGUUGAUUUCCGCGGUUGGGUUUUGUCAUGCUAGAGGUGUUUAUCAUAGGGAUCUUAAGCCAGAGAAUCUGUUGCUUGAUGAGAAUGGUAAUUUGAAAGUGUCUGAUUUUGGUUUGAGUGCUGUUUCUGAUCAGAUUAGACAGGAUGGUUUGUUUCAUACUUUUUGCGGUACUCCUGCUUAUGUUGCACCUGAGGUUUUGGCUAGGAAGGGGUAUGAUGGUGCUAAGGUUGAUCUUUGGUCUUGUGGGGUUGUUUUGUUUGUUUUGAUGGCUGGUUAUUUACCAUUUCAUGAUCAGAAUGUUAUGGCUAUGUAUAAGAAGAUUUACAAGGGGGAGUUCAGGUGUCCGAGGUGGUUUUCGCCGGAUUUAUCGAAACUCCUUAUUCGUCUUCUUGAUACAAAGCCUGAAACAAGGAUUGCUAUUCCUGAUAUUAUGGAGAAUAGGUGGUUCAAAAAGGGGUUCAAACAGAUUAAGUUUUAUGUUGAAGAUGAUAGGCUUUGUAAUAUUGAUGAUAAUUUUGGUGAAGUUGAGGAUGAUUCAGCUUCGAUAACAUCUGCUGUGUCUGUUGCAUCGUUUUCUGAUUACUCAAUAGAAUCUGAUUCUGAGAUUGAGACUAGGAGGAAAAAUGCUCCUUUACCAAGACCUGCUAGUUUGAAUGCUUUUGACAUUAUUUCAUUCUCCGCGGGGUUUGAUCUUUCUGGAUUGUUCGAGGAAAUAGGAGAUGAGAACAGGAUUGUGACUGCUGCACCGGUCUCGAGGAUCAUAUCGAAACUGGAAGAGAUUGCUCAGUUGGUUAGAUUUUCUGUAAGGAAGAAGGAUUGCAGGGUUAGCUUGGAGGGUACAAGAGAAGGUGUGAAGGGACCAUUGACCAUUGCUGUUGAGAUAUUUGAACUGACCCCUUCUUUGGUUAUUGUUGAGGUGAAGAAAAAAGGAGGCGACAGGGUCGAAUACGAGAGAUUCUGUAACGAAGAAUUGAAACCCGGAUUACAGAAUCUGAUGGCCGCUGAAUCAGCUACUUCCUCAGCAUUGUCAUUAACACCUGCCGAGCCUACAUUACUGCGCGUGCUUUCUGAACCAGUUCAGGACAUGUUUUCGGAGAUUGACUCGCCGCGCUCACUACCAGAAGAGUGA